AUGUCGACGGCGACGCCGGCGCGCGCGGUCGCGCGCGCGCCGCCGCGAUGGACCGGUAGGGGCGCGCGCGCGCGGGCCGGGCCGGUGACGCGCGCGGCGGAGGAGGACGACGCGCGAAGCGCGCGAGUGGUGGACUUGUUCGAAGCCGCGGCGACGCCCAUGGGCGCGGCGGCGCGCGCGGAGGCGGCGAUGGCGGCGGUGCGAGCGAUGACGAGCGUGCGAGAGACGGCGACGUCGAAGACCGAGGUGGUGACGACGGGAGGAGGGGAAGGGGCGACGAGCGGGAGCGCGAGCGGGAGCGCGCCGAGGUCAACCGGGACGACGACCGGGGCGUCGGGCGCGGCUGACGGCGCGGUGAUGAAGGGAGGGAGGUCCGCGAACGAUUCAGGGUUGAAAAACACCGCGAAGAAGGCGUCGAAGCCGAAGGCGGAGACUUUCAACCCCGGGAGCGACUUUUGGACGUGGACGCCGCCGGAGGCGGCGGGUUCGGAUAAAGUCGCCGCCGCCGCGGCGCCAAAGUUGCAGAGACAGACAGAGACUCGCGUGAGCGCGGCCGUGGCGGUCGCGGAGCGCGCGCCCGAGGCUUCGCUUCAGUUGAAGUUUCAAAGCGACGUCGAGACGCCGAGCGAGUUGAAGCUUGAAUUCGAAAGCGACGUCGUUUUGGCGAAGGAACCGGCGCCGCUGAGCGACACGCCGACGGUGGAGCUAGAGGAAACUGCGACCGCCGUGCGCGAGCUCGGCGCAGAUGGGGAAACCGAAGGUACACUUGAAAAUGGUUCGAGGUGGUGGCGCGAGUCAGGCGAAGAGGAACUCGAAGGCGGGAAGCUGUGUCGAUGGACGCUCGUCCGAGGCGCCUCCGCGGACGGUUCCGUCGAGUGGGAAGAAAAAUGGUGGGAGACGAGCGAUGCUUUCAACUAUCGGGAACUCGGGGCGAUCAAAUCGGGGAGAGACGCCAAGGGCAACGUGUGGCAAGAAAGCUGGCGUGAGCAAGUGACUCACGACACCACCACCGGUUUCUCAAACGCCUCGAAGCACAUCAUGAGAGAGGCGAACAAGUGGGGUGCGCAAGCCGACGGCGCCGAAUGGCACGAAGUGUGGGACGAGAACUACUGGGGCGACGGUCAAGUGAAGCGUACAUGUACAAAAAAAGGUGCGAUCGCGAACGGCGCGACUCCAGACGACGGUCACGGUAAUCGUUGGACGCACAAGUGGGGCGAGGAGUGGGACGGUCACGGUGGGUGCGUCAAGUGGACGGAUUCCUUCGCCGACCGCGAUCAGAGCGAGGACGGUGGAAGCGGACGUGCCUGGGGUGAAAAGUGGGAAGAACGAUGGGGGGGAUACGCUCACAACGGGAGUGCGGGGAAUCGCAACGGGAGCACAUGGGACGAUCGCGACGGGCACAAAUUUGAGAAGACGUGGGGCGAGGAGCACUGGCACGACGGUCGCGUCCACAAAUGGGGCGCCACCACCGAUGGUUCCGACGGUUGGGACACCUGGGAAGACAGUGCCGGUUGGUGGGAGCGCGCACCGAGCUUCGGAUGGGACGAAGCCGUCUCGCACUCACCGCAACUCCUCAACGUCCCGCUUCGUCCGCGAGGCACCGGAGUCGAACCCGGAAAGAAAAAGUCCAUCGGUCGAGCUCCCGGUCGAACGAUCAAGCCACCGCCGGGGUCGCGUCUUCACAAUCCAGAUUAG